AUGGCUUAUCAGAGAAGGGGGUCCGACAUGCAGCCGCAACGGCGGAUUCUGCGGACUCAGACGGCUGGUAAUUUAGGGGAAUCAAUGAUGGACAGUGAGGUGGUGCCAUCAUCUUUGGUUGAGAUUGCACCGAUUCUCCGUGUUGCCAAUGAGGUUGAGCCCAUCAAUCCUCGGGUUGCUUACCUUUGUCGGUUCUAUGCCUUUGAGAAAGCACACAGGCUGGAUCCAACAUCUAGUGGACGUGGAGUUCGCCAGUUCAAAACUGCACUUCUUCAACGCCUUGAACGGGAAAAUGAGACGACAUUAACAGCAAGAAAAGGAAGUGAUGCAAGGGAAAUGAAGAGUUUUUAUCAGCAUUACUACAGGAAGUACAUCGAGGCUUUGCAAAAUGCUGCAGAUAAGGCAGAUCGUGCUAGACUUACAAAAGCAUAUCAAACGGCUUCUGUGCUGUUUGACGUCUUAAAGGCAGUCAAUUUGACAGAAGCUGUGGAAGUGGAUGAUGAGAUUCUGGAAAAGCACACCAAGGUCACAGAAAAGACUCAGAUAUAUGUGCCUUAUAAUAUACUUCCACUUGACCCCGAAAGUUCACAUCAAGCAAUCAUGAGAUAUCCGGAGAUUCAAGCUUCUGUUGCUGCACUCCGCAACACAAGAGGUCUUCCCUGGCAAGAGGGGCACAAGAAGAAAGUGGAUGAAGACAUUUUAGACUGGCUUCAGGCUAUGUUUGGUUUUCAGAAGGAUAAUGUGGCAAACCAAAGGGAACACUUGAUUUUACUACUAGCCAACGUACAUAUUAGGCAACCAAAGCCUGAUCAGCAGCCCAAGUUGGAUGAUCGGGCACUUACAGAAGUCAUGAAGAAACUUUUUAAGAACUACAAGAAGUGGUGCAAGUAUCUUGGCCGCAAGAGUAGCUUAUGGCUGCCAACCAUCCAACAGGAAGUUCAGCAACGGAAAUUACUAUACAUGGGUCUAUAUCUUCUUAUUUGGGGAGAAUCUGCAAACUUGAGAUUUAUGCCCGAAUGCCUCUGCUAUAUAUAUCAUCAUAUGGCAUUUGAAUUGUAUGGCAUGCUCGCUGGAAGUGUUAGUCCCAUGACAGGUGAACAUAUCAAACCUGCCUAUGGGGGUAACAAAGAGGCUUUCUUGAAGAAAGUUGUAACUCCAAUUUACAACAUAAUAGCUAAGGAAGCUAGACGGAGCAAAGGUGGGAGAUCCAAACAUCCCCAGUGGAGAAACUAUGAUGAUUUGAAUGAAUACUUCUGGUCAGUUAAUUGUUUUCGACUAGGUUGGCCAAUGCGUGCUGAUGCUGAUUUCUUCUGCCUUCCCAUAGAAGAUAUCCUCGCUGAAAGAAGUGAGGACAAUAUAUCUGUUAAAGGAGAUCGAUGGAUCGGAAAAAUCAACUUUGUUGAGAUACGCUCAUUUUGGCACAUAUUUAGGAGUUUUGACAGGAUGUGGAGCUUUUUCAUUUUGUGCCUGCAGGCAAUGAUUGUCCUCUCUUGGAAUGCAUCUGGUAAUAUAAGUGCUAUAUUUGAGGACGAUGUGUUCAAGAAAGUUUUGAGUAUCUUCAUUACAGCACCGAUACUAAAACUCGCACAAGCUGUUCUUGAUAUCAUUAUGAGCUGGAAAGCAAGGAUGAGUAUGUCACUGCAUGUGAAGCUCAGAUACAUACUAAAGGUUGUCUCAGCAGCAGCAUGGCUGAUUGUGCUUUCAGUGACUUAUGCAUAUGGGUGGAAAAAUCCUCCCAGAUUUGCGCAGACCAUUAAGAACUGGUUUGGCAAUGGUCAGGGUUCCCCUUCUUUAUUCAUCAUUGCGGUUCUGAUUUACUUGUCUCCAAAUAUGCUCUCUGCUUUGUUAUUUUUGUUUCCAUUCAUCCGGAGGUACCUUGAAAGAUCAGACUACAAAAUUGUGAGGCUCAUGAUGUGGUGGUCACAGCCUCGGCUCUAUGUUGGAAGGGGGAUGCAAGAGAGCACAUUUUCUGUUUUUAAAUACACAAUGUUUUGGGUUCUCCUAUUGGCAGCAAAGUUGGCAUUUAGCUUUUAUGUAGAGAUAAAGCCUCUUGUUGGUCCAACAAAAGAAAUCAUGCGCGUUCGCAUAUCACAUUAUGAGUGGCAUGAGUUCUUUCCUCGAGCCAAAAACAACCUUGGAGUAGUUAUUGCACUUUGGGCUCCCAUUAUUAUUGUAUAUUUCAUGGACACUCAGAUUUGGUAUGCUAUCUUCUCCACGAUAUUUGGAGGUAUAUAUGGAGCAUUUCGCCGUCUUGGAGAGAUUCGAACAUUGGGGAUGCUUAGGUCUCGCUUUCUAUCAUUGCCUGGUGCUUUCAAUGCCUGCUUGAUUCCAGCAGAAAAAGAUGAAAAGCCUAAGGGACUGAAAGCCACAUUCUCCCGCAAAUUUCCUGAGAUUCGGUCUAAUAAAGAGAAGGAAGCAGCAAGGUUUUCACAGAUGUGGAAUAAAAUAAUUGAAAGUUUUAGAGAGGAGGAUCUAAUAAAUAACAGGGAAAUGAACCUAUUACUUGUGCCAUAUCGUGCUGACCGUGAAUUGGACCUUAUCCAGUGGCCUCCAUUUUUACUAGCUAGCAAGCUUCCUAUAGCCCUUGAUAUGGCAAAAGAUAGCAAUGGGAGAGAUAGGGAGCUGAAUAAGAGAUUGAACACCGACAUAUAUAUGCGCUGCGCCAUUCGUGAGUGCUAUGCCUCUUGUAAAAACAUUAUCAACUUUUUGGUUCUGGGAGAACGUGAGAAGCUCGUCAUAAAGGAGAUCUUCUCCAAAGUUGAUCACCACAUAGAGGAGGGUGAUCUGUUACGGGAACUUAAUAUGAGUGCUCUCCCUAGCCUCUACGAUAAUUUUGUUCAGCUGAUAGAAUACCUGAGAGAAAAUAAAAAAGAGGACAAGGAUCAAGUGGUAAUUGUCUUGCUAAACAUGCUCGAGGUUGUGACUAGAGACAUAAUGGAAGACACUGUUCCUAGCUUACUUGAUUCCAGCCAUGGUGGGUCCUAUGGAAUGCAUCAGGGGAUGACCCCUCUUGAUCAACAAUAUUCUUACUUUGGGAUGCUUCAUUUUCCUGUAACAGAAGAAACGGAGGCAUGGAAAGAGAAGAUUAGACGACUUCAUCUCUUACUCACUGUGAAGGAAUCGGCUAUGGAUGUUCCAUCCAAUAUAGAAGCCAGGAGGCGCAUUUCAUUCUUCUCAAAUUCAUUGUUUAUGGACAUGCCUGCCGCUCCCAAAGUUCGCAAUAUGCUCUCCUUUUCCAUCUUAACUCCUUACUAUGAUGAAGAGGUUCUUUUCUCGAUGGAUUUGCUGGAAAAGCCAAAUGAAGAUGGUGUUUCGAUAUUAUUUUAUUUACAAAAGAUAUUCCCAGAUGAAUGGGAGAAUUUUCUGGAACGGGUUAGUUGCAGCAGCGAGGAGGAUCUCAAGGGAAAUGUGAAACUGGAAGAAGAGCUAAGGUUAUGGGCAUCAUAUAGAGGACAAACAUUGACCAAAACUGUACGAGGAAUGAUGUACUAUCGGCAAGCUUUGGAACUUCAGGCUUUUCUUGAUAUGGCGAAGGAGGAAGAUUUGAUGAAAGGCUACAAGGCUGCUGAACUAAAUACUGAGGACCAAGUAAAAGAUGAAGGUUCAUUACUUUCACAAUGUCAAGCAGUGGCAGACAUGAAAUUCACAUAUGUCGUCUCAUGCCAACAGUAUGGAAUUCAGAAAAGAUCUGGUGAUCGCCGUGCCACAGAUAUUUUGAGGCUCAUGACAAAGUACCCAUCUCUUCGGGUAGCUUAUGUUGAUGAGAUUGAAGAUACGGGUGGAGAUAAAGCUGGUAAAACAGUUGAGAAAGUGUACUAUUCCGCACUGGUCAAAGCUAUGCCAAAAUCUGUUGACUCAUCUGAGCCAGAGAAGUUAGACCAGGUUAUUUAUCGAAUAAAACUUCCGGGGCCUGCCAUAUUGGGUGAAGGCAAACCAGAGAAUCAAAACCAUGCCAUAAUCUUUACCCGCGGUGAAGGCUUGCAAACAAUUGACAUGAACCAGGACAACUAUAUGGAAGAAGCCCUCAAAAUGAGAAACCUAUUGCAAGAAUUCCUUAAAAAGCAUGGUGUAAGGAAACCAACGAUUCUUGGACUUAGGGAACACAUUUUUACUGGAAGUGUCUCUUCACUUGCCUGGUUUAUGUCAAAUCAAGAGAAUAGUUUUGUGACCAUCGGCCAAAGGUUGCUGGCCAAUCCAUUGAAGGUUCGCUUCCAUUAUGGCCAUCCAGAUGUAUUUGACAGAUUGUUUCACCUGACAAGAGGUGGUGUCAGCAAAGCUUCUAAAAUCAUCAACUUAAGCGAGGACAUAUUUGCAGGUUUCAAUUCCACACUUCGUGGAGGCAAUGUCACUCAUCAUGAAUACAUACAAGUGGGUAAGGGAAGAGACGUGGGUCUCAACCAAAUCUCACUCUUUGAAGCAAAGAUAGCCUGUGGUAACGGGGAGCAGGCUAUGAGUCGUGAUAUUUAUAGGCUUGGGCACCGGUUUGACUUUUUCCGGAUGUUAUCAUGCUAUUUCACUACAGUGGGCUUUUAUUUUUGUACUAUGCUUACUGUGCUAAUAGUAUAUGUAUUUCUCUAUGGUCGUCUUUACCUUGUUUUAAGUGGGCUUGAAGAGGGAUUGAGUAACCAUCCAGCAAUACGAGACAACAAACCUCUUCAAGUUGCUCUUGCUUCUCAGUCGUUUGUGCAAAUUGGGCUCCUAAUGGCUUUGCCUAUGAUGAUGGAGAUAGGUCUUGAAAGGGGUUUCCGUAAUGCAUUAACUGAUUUUGUUCUAAUGCAACUACAACUUGCUCCUGUAUUUUUCACAUUUUCUCUUGGGACUAGGACCCAUUAUUUUGGCCGAACCUUGCUGCAUGGGGGUGCGCGAUAUAGAGGCACAGGCCGAGGAUUUGUCGUAUUUCACGCGAAGUUUGCUGAUAACUACAGAUUGUAUUCCCGGAGCCAUUUCGUCAAGGGAAUUGAACUGAUGAUAUUGCUUCUUGUGUACCAUAUAUUUGGACGAGCAUACAAAGGGGCUGUUGCAUAUGUAUUGAUCAUUGUGUCUAUAUGGUUCCUGGUUGGCACAUGGCUUUUUGCCCCUUUUCUCUUCAACCCUUCGGGGUUCGAAUGGCAAAAAAUUGUGGAUGACUGGACUGAUUGGAACAAAUGGAUGAAUAAUCGUGGAGGCAUUGGUGUUCCUCCAGAAAAGAGUUGGGAAUCUUGGUGGGAGAAAGAACAAGAGCAUCUCUCUCAUUCUGGGAUACGUGGUAUUAUUUUUGAGAUAUUGCUGUCAUUACGUUUUUUCAUAUAUCAGUAUGGACUAAUUUAUCACCUGAGCUUCACCAAUACCAAGAACUUUCUGGUAUAUGGUCUGUCGUGGCUAGUGAUCGUGGCGGUCCUGCUAAUUAUGAAGGUUGUUUCACUUGGUAGGAGGCGAUUCAGUGCUGAUUUUCAGCUCGUGUUUCGAUUGAUAAAGGGCCUUAUUUUUCUUUCAUUUGUUUCUAUCUUGAUUACCUUGAUCGCUCUUCCUCACAUGACAUUCCGGGAUGUUAUAGUUUGCCUUCUGGCUUUCAUGCCAACCGGAUGGGGAUUACUGUUGAUUGCACAAGCUUUGAAACCUGUAGUUGAUCGGGGUGGAUUCUGGGGAUCAGUACGAACACUUGCACGAGGUUAUGAGUAUAUAAUCGGAUUGCUAUUAUUCACUCCAGUGGCGUUCUUGGCAUGGUUCCCGUUUGUUUCUGAAUUCCAAACUCGAAUGUUGUUUAACCAAGCUUUUAGCAGAGGUCUCCAGAUAUCUCGUAUUCUUGGUGGACCAAAGAAGGAUCGCUCGUCCAGCAACAAGGAGUAACCAGGUGGUUGCAGAAGGAAUAUAUCCUUGUAUGCAUUGGUUUCACUUGGCUUGUCAAAUCGAGAGGAGUGACUUGUAUGCCACAUACUGUGUGUAUAGAUAGGACUGGCUUAUACUGAUUUUAUUUUUCUGGAGUCGUGUGGGAAAUAUUAGACCGUUGCAGUCUGUAUAUAAAUAGUGUGGAUUUUGCUGUUAUAUUUGUAAUUAUUAGUCAUUUUUAUGCUGGUGUUUUAUGUACAGUUGAGCGGAAUGAAUAGUGGAAGGAAGUUCGGGUGGUUGUGUUUCUUUCAUGCUUAGAGUGUAAUUCUUCUCGGUAGUUUCUUUCGCUGUUCAUGAGUGCUAUGCUUCUUGUAAAACAUUAUCAACUUUUUGGCUGUGGAAGAAGGUGAGAGGCUGCAAGUUUA